GAUAACGCAGCGCCAUCUACAACUACGUGAUUAUUAAUUAUCGGGAAAUCCCCUCAGAACUGCUAAGAACACAAAGUUCACUAUAGUGUGUUCUAGUAGUAAAACGUUUAUUCAUUUUUUUUUAGAUGCAUAUCACAUUGUGUAUAAUUUGGAUCAUCUUUCCUGGACAAUAUUGUUGAUUGUAUUUUUGUUGUUUAUUGUAUAUCUAGAUCAAAGUCUAUUAGUACAAACUAGUGUAUUACGCCAUAAUGAAUAAAAAUAAAUCAACACAGAAGAUUGUGCUGAAAAGACAGAGGCAAAAUGUUAUCCAGCAAAACCUGGAACAUUUGGAGCAGCACACAUUAAAGAAGAAAUUUGCACAGCAGAAAUACUAUGAAUCAAAGGCAGGCAUAAGCCCUUUGAAAAAGAAGUAUGCCCAGCAGCCUGUGCACGAUAGGUUAGGUUCAAAUAGCCCAACCAGUCAAGUGCCAGUUUCAAAUAAUGUACGGAAAACACAAAAACUGAAGCAAAGAGUAGCUGCACCCAAUAAUGGCAUUAUCACCAGGAGGUACAGACAAUUCACAAAUAGUAACUUGAUUAAAUUAAAAGCACAAAAUAGACUGAAUGUUAUCAAACAAAAUGGAAAUAUAGAAUUGAAUGGAAACCCGAGAGGAAAGGUUAUAUUGAAAAGAAAUAGAGUGCUUAACAAAUCAAAUGUCAAGCCAUUAAAUCUAACUAUACAGCUAAAAAAUACUGAAGAAAAUGGAACUAAAUAUAGGAGGCAUAGUAUGAAAGCAUCUUUGAACCCAAAAUUGCAAAAGGAGAUUCAGAUCGUCCAAUCUCAAUGUACAGAAAACUGUGUAGUUCCUAACAUGACUAUUGCCUUACGGGAUGUUGGAUACACAAAGAUGUCUUUACAUGAAAGAUUCUCAGAUUAUUAAAGUUUAUGUUACAUUCAGAAUUUAUAAUAUUAGUUUUA